AGGGACUGCUACUCGACUCGUUUUCGCUUUGCUCACAGUAGGGUUGCAGCAGAUAAACGCCACAGCUCUACUUUCUCUCCUCUUCUCUCUCUCUCUCUGUGUGUCUUAUUUCUCAGCCCUCUGAUUCAUAUAAGGCCUUCAAAGAAUCCUUCUCUCUCCCUAUCUCUCAAUUUUUCUCUUAACCCUAUUUAUUUCUCUCUAUCAGACACUCUCGUUCAUUAACAAUGGGGGCUUCUCUGCCUCCCAAAGAGGCCAACCUCUUCAAGCUCAUCGUUAAAUCAUAUGAAACUAAACAGUACAAGAAGGGGCUGAAGGCAGCAGAUGCUAUAUUAAAAAAGUUUCCAGAUCAUGGAGAAACUUUGUCAAUGAAGGGUUUGACCCUAAAUUGCAUGGAUCGUAAAUCUGAAGCAUAUGACCUUGUCCGGCUUGGUUUAAAGAACGACCUAAAAAGUCAUGUUUGCUGGCAUGUUUAUGGUCUCCUUUAUCGUUCUGAUAGAGAAUAUAGGGAGGCUAUCAAAUGCUAUCGAAAUGCAUUAAAAAUAGAUCCAGACAAUAUUGAAAUACUCAGGGACUUGUCACUCUUGCAGGCACAAAUGCGGGAUUUAACAGGUUUUGUUGAGACUAGACAACAGCUUUUAACCCUGAAACCAAACCAUCGCAUGAAUUGGAUUGGCUUUGCUGUUGCUCACCAUUUGAACUCAAAUGCUUCAAAAGCAGUUGAAAUUCUGGAAGCAUAUGAGGGAACAUUGGAGGAUGAUUACCCUCCAGACAAUGAACUAUGUGAGCAUGGGGAAAUGCUUCUAUACAAGGUAUCUUUAUUAGAGGAAUGUGGUUCAGUUGAGAGAGCUCUUGAGGAGUUGCACAAGAAAGGGCCAAAAAUUGUUGAUAAGUUGGCGUACAAAGAACAAGAAGUUCCUCUGCUGGUAAAGCUUGGUCGCCUUGAAGAGGGCGCAGAAUUAUACAAGGCUUUACUUGCCAUGAAUCCUGACAAUUACAGAUAUUAUGAAGGCCUACAAAAAUGUGUUGGUUUAUAUUCAGAUAGUGGCCACUAUUCUGCUGAUGAAAUUGUUAAGUUGGAUGACUUGUACAAAUCACUUGGGCAGCACUAUACUUGGUCAUCUGCUGUUAAGAGAAUACCACUUGAUUUUCUCCAAGGAGAUGCCUUUUAUGAAGCGGCAGCCAAUUAUAUUAGGCCCCUCCUUACUAAGGGUGUUCCUUCACUAUUUUCAGAUCUUUCUCCCUUGUAUGGCCAUACUGGCAAGGCAGACAUACUGGAAAAACUUAUUCUUGAGUUGGAGCACUCAAUUAGAUUGACUGGGAGAUACCCAGGGAGGACAGACAAAGAACCUCCUUCAACACUUAUGUGGACAUUAUUUUUCUUGGCUCAGCAUUAUGACCGGCGGGGACAAUAUGACAUUGCUCUUGCCAAAAUUGAUGAGGCAAUAGAACACACUCCUACUGUGAUUGAUUUGUACUCAGUCAAGAGCCGGAUUUUGAAGCAUGCUGGUGAUUUGGCAGCUGCUGCUGCAUUGGCAGAUGAAGCAAGAUGCAUGGAUCUUGCUGAUCGCUACAUAAAUAGUGAAUGUGUCAAACGUAUGCUGCAGGCUGAUCAGGUGGCACUGGCAGAAAAAACUGCUGUGUUAUUCACUAAAGAUGGGGAUCAGCAUAACAACCUCCAUGACAUGCAGUGCAUGUGGUAUGAACUUGCUUCUGGCGAAAGUUACUUCCGUCAGGGUGAUCUUGGACGAGCUCUGAAGAAAUUUUUAGCUGUGGAGAAGCACUAUGCUGACAUUACAGAAGACCAAUUUGACUUCCAUUCAUAUUGCUUACGAAAAAUGACUUUACGUGCCUAUGUGGCAAUGCUUAAAUUCCAAGAUAGGUUACAUUCACAUGCAUAUUUUCACAAAGCAGCUGCAGGAGCCAUCAGAUGUUACAUAAAAUUGUAUGAUUCUCCGCCUAAGUCAAUAACUGAGGAAGAUGAAGAAAUGUCAAAGUUGCUGCCUUCUCAGAAAAAGAAAAUGAGGCAAAAACAGAAAAAGGCAGAAGCUCGAGCUAAGAGAGAGGCAGAGGUAAAGAACGAAGAAUCUAGUGCUAGUGGUGUCUCUAAGUCAGGAAAGCGACAUGUCAAACCUGUAGACCCAGACCCGAAUGGGGAAAAGUUAUUGCAGGUUGAAGAUCCAUUAUUGGAAGCUACAAAAUAUUUGAAGCUGCUUCAGAAGAACUCAUCCGACUCUUUGGAGACUCACUUGCUUUCAUUUGAAGUAAAUAUGAGAAAGCAGAAAAUUUUGCUUGCUCUACAGGCUGUAAAGCAUUUGCUAAGGUUGGAUGCUGAAAACCCUGAUUCUCAUCGGUGCCUGAUAAGAUUCUUCCAUAAAGUGGGAUCGAUGUCUACUCCUGUGACAGACACUGAGAAACUUAUUUGGUGUGUCUUGGAAGCAGAGCGGCCGUCAAUCAGUGAAUUGCAUGAGAAAUCCCUCAUUGAUGCAAACAAGCUUUUCCUCGAAAAGCACAAAGAUUCCUUGGUCCAUAGAGCUGCAGUUGCAGAGAUGCUAUAUGUUUUAGAACCUAAAAGGAAAUCUGAGGCUAUUAAAUUAAUUGAAGAUUCAGCGAACAACCUUGUGCCAACAAAUGGAACAUUUGGACCAGUCAACGGAUGGAAUCUCAAAGACUGCAUUGUAGUCCACAAACUGCUAGAAACAGGUCUUGCUGACCAUGAUGCUGCAUCAAGGUGGAAGGUGCGCUGCGCCGAGUACUUCCCCUACUCUACAUACUUUGAAGGCAAGUGCAGCUCUGCCAUGCCCAACUCAGUGUACAAUCAGAUAGGCAAGAGCCAUGAGAAUGGUAGUGCAAGCCAUCCUGGGGCCGGUAAAAUUUCAGAUUCCAUUGCAUCAAAUGGAAAGCUAGAGGCUUUUAAAGAUCUCACCAUUUGAACAUGAUGCUCAAUGCAUGCAGCAGCUAACGCAAAAUUGCAGUAUGAUUUAGCGGGUAGAUCACGUAACCAAAAGCCAGUAGAAAAGUACUUAUAGAGGAUAUUUGGUUUGAUGCUUGCUGAGGGGUACCAUUUGAGGUUAUGUGCGCGUGAUAUCAAUCCCUCUCUACUGUUGCUUUUAAGAUCAAAAUUUCUAUUUUCAGCAGUUUAGGGAGCCCAAUUGUUGAGUGCAUUCCUUUGCAAAUGUGUAUAUCGUUACUUCAUUGUGUCUUCUAGGGUUUGAUUUUCUUUUAAUUUGCUCGUUUCUAGGUGAGAUGCUAGACAAGGUUGGUUCUAUGAGAUUUUGCCUACACUUCUGAAGUUAAAUUUUAUCUUUUUAGUUCAGGGAAGCACUACAGAAAUUUCUUUACUAGUCCUACAUCCGGUCAGCUUAGAACAAUUCCUUGCAGUGCUGAUCUCGGGACUCCAGAGCUUGUUGUACUUUUGCCCAUUCUAUUUUCUGUUAUUUCAUGUGUAAACACUACAUUAUUGUGAAAAAUUUUUGCUACAAGAUUCAUACAAUAGCACAGUUUUGCUGCA